AUGAAGGCCGCUCAAGAUAGGCAGAGGUCUUAUGCAGACUUGCGUCGGAAGCCUAUUUCUUUCACCGUUGGGGAUAAGGUGCUGUUAAAAGUAUCUCCGAUGAAGGGAGUGGCGAGAUUUGGGCAAAAAGUGUCGCAGUUGCGGAGGUAUCGCAGCGAUCCGUCUCAUGUCAUUCCUAUAGAGUCGGUCUCUAUUGAGCCGAACAUGACUUUUGAGGAGCGACCUGUUCAGAUCUUGGACCGUCAGAAUCGUGCCCUGAGAAGGAAGGUGAUACCCUUGGUUAAGGUGCUUUGGAGAAGCCAAAAGUACGAGGAAGCCACUUGGGAGACGGAAGAGUCGAUGAGGCUCAAGUAUCCCGAGCUUUUUGUCUCAGGAGGCGGAAGUGGUGAUAUUUCUCAAGAUCUCUAG